CCUCCCCCCCGCCCCCCGCCGUGCCCGCGCUCCCCCCUCGCCCCCAUGCGGCGUUGAGGCGGCGGCGGCGGCGGCAGCGGGGCGACCCCGGGGCGGCGGGGCGCGCUUCGCCAUGGAGGGCAUGGACGUGGAUUUGGACGCGGAGCUGAUGCAGAAGUUCAGCUGUUUGGGUACUACCGACAAGGACGUGCUGAUCGGCGAGUUCCAGAGGCUCCUCGGUUUCCAGCUUAGCCCGGCCGGCUGCGCUUUCUUCCUCGACAUGACCAACUGGAAUCUACAAGCAGCCAUUGGAGCCUAUUAUGAUUUUGAGAGUCCAAACAUCAACGUACCCUCCAUGUCCUUUGUUGAAGAUGUCACCAUAGGUGAAGGAGAGUCCAUCCCUCCUGACACCCAGUUUACAAAAACAUGGAGGAUACAAAACACAGGGACAGAGGUCUGGCCUCCAGGAGUUUGUCUGAAGUACGUUGGGGGAGACCAGUUUGGCCACGUAAACAUGGUCAUGGUCAGGUCCCUGGAGCCCCAGGAGAUUGCAGAUGUCAGCGUUCAGAUGUGCAGCCCCAGCACAGCAGGAAUGUAUCAGGGACAGUGGCGAAUGUGCACUGCCACAGGACUGUAUUAUGGAGAUGUCAUCUGGGUGAUCCUCAGUGUGGAAGUGGGAGGACUUCUAGGAGUAACACAGCAGCUGUCAUCCUUUGAAACGGAGUUCAACACGCAACCGCACCGCAAGGUAGAAGGAAACUUUAACCCGUUCGCCUCUCCACAGAAGAACAGGCAACCAGAUGAAAACAACCUAAAAGACCCUGGGGGUUCUGAGCUAGGCACAAUCAGCAAAAACACGUGGGGGCCUGCUCCUGACCAAAUUGAACAAGAUCAGAAUGGACUGUCACAAAACUCUGUAAAUCUCUCCCCCAGCAGUCACUCGAACAACUUGUCGGUAGUGACAUACAGUAAGGGUUUCCACGGUCCUUAUCCCUUCGGACAGUCUUAAAACACACACACACAAAAACGGGUAUCGGCAAGAGGAGAAUUUAACAGAGAACUGACUUGUGGGGGAAGGGAGAGGGGGAUUCAUGUGGCAAACAGACGCGGCGUGGAGCCCCCUUCUCUGCCUCCAUGUUCUGGAUAAAGAAGACAAAAAAAAAAAAAGCCCAAUAACUUAAGACUGUUUCUGGAGGAAAGAUCUCAGUAUGCAUGUGUGAAUGCUGAAUUUCAGGAGUGCUGUUUAAUGCUAUGAGAAGGAAACUAUACCAACACCAUGAUUUAUUUUUUUUUUUUUUUUAGAAGU